AUGACGAAGAUGGAAGAGCAUUUGGAGGGACUCCUCAACAUCUUCCACCAGCACUCAGUGCGGCUGGGGCAUGUUGACACCCUUACUAAGGGUGAGAUGAGGCAGCUGAUCCCAAAGGAACUUCCAAAUACCCUCAAGAACACUAAAAAUCCAAGUGCCAAUGACAAAAUAUUCCAAGAGCUGGAUACUGAUCGAGAUGGACAGAUCGACUUUAGGGAGUUCAUUGCUGUAGUGGCCAGAUUGAUGGUGAAUGCCCACGACAGUAUUCACAAGGAGUAGAAAGUUCUCCUAGGAUUUCUCUCCCAGAAGUUCUUUUCCCCCCAGAGGUCCU